CAUGGCAACCGCUCACGAACAGUUGUGCAGUUUUCUCGUUGGUGUUUUAUUAGAGAUCAUAUUGAUGCAGAGACGUCACAAGUGCUGUAGGCUUUAACGACUUUAUUGUUCGAAGGUUUUUGGUGAUUCUCUGGUCUUCCAACAUAAGUGGACUUUAUGAAUAGGUGAAAAUAAUGAUGAAGUUCUGAGUGAUACAGAAGCGCGCGUUCACGAAGCGUGUUCGUUUGCCGUCGUGUCGCGCGCGUCUGUCUAGACAGCGUCUCAAAACAUUAGCAGUUUAAAGAUUUAUUUUAUUGAAGUGUAUACAUUUUUAACACAUGAAUCAAAGGUGACCACCUGUUGCAGCCGCAGGAAUUUCAGUGUUCUGAAUCAUCCGUAGAAAUGGACAAAUACACAGCAUGGAUAUGGCCACGUCUGGAGCCCUUUCUGAUUGGGGUGCUUCCAGCUGCACCCCCAAGCAAAUUCAGCAUGCAUUAUCUGCGCAAGAUGGCCUGUUACGUCCGGACCAGGGAUGGCUGCUUCCCCAGGCUUGGCUGGCACAUGUGGCGACACAUCGCCUGUGGCAAACUGCAGCUGGCAGAGGAGCUCGCCUGGCUGUAUUUUGAAACUUUUGAUCUUUUGAUGCCUCAUUCUGCAGAGGAGAGAUUGGAAUGUGCAGAGGCUCUGUCUCAAUGCCAGACUCUUAGGGAACUUGACAGGCAGCGUGGUAAGCUGUCAGUAGACACUCUGCAGUUCCUGCUGUUCCUGUAUCUGCAGCAACUGAACCGAAUCUCUCUUCGCACCUCACUGAUUGGAGAAGAGUGGCCAAGUCCCCGGUCACGAUCUCCCUCUUCCUCCUCUGAGAGAGAAACCAAAAUAAGCUCCCAAAAUAAGAACUGGGACGACCAGGCUCAUCUUACUUUCAUUCAGACGCACCUGGCUGAGCUUCUGGAGUUACUAGUGGAGCCAGGGCAGCUGAGCAGUUCAGGACAGAUACUGCGUGACAGCCAGCUCACUCCAGAGGCCGUGAAGUGUCUCAGCCUGCUGCUGGAAGGAUCCGUGAGCCAUGGCCGCACCGUACACCCCAUCCACAAGCUCCUCAGCCGUGCACCACUGCAGACACAGGCUGGAUUCUCCAAACUCAGCCACACCUACUCUCUGCAGCAGUUUCAGGAGUUUCUGCGGCAGGCCCUCUGCCUCAACCCAUUUGGCAUCUCUACCUGUCCACAGUCAGGAAAGAAACUGGCUUGGGCCCUUCAAGUAGAGGGCACCUUGAAGAGAGCCAAAAUAAUCAGAAACACCCACAUGGCUCCUCCAGGAAGUCGACUGGUGCUUAUGUUGCAGGUUUGCAAACAGACGUUGGCCAAGGACUGUGAAAAGCUGAAUGAUGCCAACGUCAAACUGCAACGAUGCAGUGAGGCUUUCAUCUACCUUCUCUCCCCUUUGCGGUCUGUGACCUUAGAUAAGUGCAGGAACAGUACAGUGGUGCUCGGCCCGGUGGGGACCAGUAUCCACAUUCAGAGCUGUGAGAAUGUUCGUGUGGUGUGUGUCACCAGACAUCUGACCGUGGCCGCCUCCUUUAACUGCACAAUCCAUGCCCUCACCCCCACUCGACCCCUUCUCCUUCCUGGCAACGUGUCUGUCACACUGGGGCCCUUCCAUACACAUUACCCCAUGCUAGAGGACCACAUGGCUAGAGUAGGUCUAGCAGUUGUUCCCAAUUUAUGGGACCAGCCGCUACUGUUCGGGGCAGAGGGUUCCGCUCCAGACACUGGCUGCUACCGCAUCCAGCCCCCUUCUGAGUUUUAUCCACUGGUGAUACCUUUCCAAAUGGAGGGAGAUAACUGUGAGAUUCCUUGGGGCCUGCCGGCAGAUUAUCAGAAGGCCAUAGAGAGCCGAGAGAAGGUGGUACAGGAAUGGCAGAAGACCGUGAAGGAUGCGCACUUGAACAAGGUUCAGAGACGGCAGUUUCAGGAAUUAGUGGAGCAGAAGUUUCAUGAGUGGUUGCUGGAGACGGGACAAAGACAAGAGCUAGACAGCCUCCUCCCUCCUAAUCUCACCCCUCCCACCUCUGUGGACCUUUGGCCAUCCAGCCACACCUCCAACUCUGGACUGCACCCACUGAAAGAUCAACCCCAUGAACAGCCAAUGGGACGGGUACCAUCUGUUUGCUAAUAGAACUGAUAAAGCAAUCAAAAGUGUUAGUCAGGUUUAGCUUCUGUUGCCCUAUUUUUCUUCAAAACGGAUUAACACACAUUAGUGUUGUCAGGGUAUAAAGACUGUCAAAAUCUUUGUUGCAAAGCACUCAGUCUGUGACUGUAUAGACAAAAUGCUGUAUGAUCGGGUUUUGAAAGGGACUUCUAUUUGUACUUUAGAGAAAUCCAUGCUGGACUUGUAGUUUGUAGAGUUGCUGUUUUGUAUAUUUUUGCCCCAAGUUGCAUUGUUACUUUCCGUUAGAAGACACCAAUAAUUUCAGAGGUUUACAUGUGAACCAUAAGCAUUAUUUAAUUAAACUAGGUAAGGGAUCCAUUAUUCCCCUCAUUUGAAUUUAGAGGGAACAGGGAUGAGAUAUGUUCAUGGACUGUAAUUCUUGACAGAUGUGUUGUGCGCAGUUGUACUUGGUACAUGAUUUACACACAUGCUGACAGAAGAGUUUGCAGCUAUUGUUUCUUGAAAUCUGAAGGUCAGUAUGAAUGUGAUUGUUUAUGUUUCUUGUUUACUGUCUGUUUUGUUCACAAUGCCUUACACUGUAAUUGCACUAUUGCUUUAUCCUCACAAUAUAGAUGCCAACAAUGCUGUCACUUAAAAUGUCUCUUGAAAAUAAACAUGUCUAAGGUGAAUAUUUUAAAAGUUUGAACUGACAACAUUUUAUAGAAAUGUGUAUAUUCUAUAGAAUCAUUGUUAUAGAUGGCUUGACUUAAAUAUAACAAUAAACAAUCAAUUUUA